AUGUUGAAACACGCUGUGAUUUUUCUAAUUGCAACUGAAUUAUUGGUGGAAUGUUGCCAAAUUGAGCUGAGUUUGAGGUCAAACACCGACUAUCCUUUCCAGUUCGAGGCCGAAGUGCCAUCGAUUAAAAAGAAAACGGACAGGACAACGAUGACCAAGAUUGGACAGCAACGCAAGGUCAAGGUGGGUUGGAAUUUGACAAGGGAAGUACUCGAUGUUCGACGCUCAGAUUUUCUGCAAAUUUUGCACACAUUUCGGAUAUGGGUCACAUACCGAUCGCUGAAAAUUUUUGCUUCCGCUUUGCAGGGGGAGCCGGGACAUUCAACGGUUUUUGCGGCCUAGAGAGCACGCGAAAGUUAAGUGCGGUGAGGCGAAAACUCUUUUUGGCCAUAUAUGGCUCGGGACUUCUAAAUCUCUCCGCAAGAGUCCAUCCGAACCCUGCAAAUUUAGUCCAAAGUUAAAAGUUGACAAAAAAGGAGGAGACGACAGAGAAAGGCAGAAAUUCUUACAAAGAGAGAAAUUGCGCAAUAUUAUGUCAGAUUGCGCAACUUUUAACUUUGUACUAAAUUUGCAGGGUUCGGAUGGACUCUUGCGGAGAGAUUUAGAAGUCCCGAGCCAUAUAUCUUUGUCAGUUUCACAUGGAAAAAAUUGAUUUUUUGUGGAAGCAUUGCUCUCUACAGUAGAAAUAGCCCUGAAACUUUUGUAUCAAAAAUUCGCAAAAAAGUGUCGGAUUUUGACCAACUUUCGGUCAAAAAAUCUCGGGUUUUUUCUGCAGAGCGCGGGCUAGGAGUCUCUAAUUUGUGUCACAAUCAGAAAAAAUUAUUCACAUAAGUUUAUGCAAACGUAGGCCAAGUUUCCUUCCUCCACAAGGCUCAUUUUGUCGAGGAGUUGGGGAAGAAAUCCGUCGAAAUUGUUGACGAUAAUGUCAUUGUCCAUAGUAGAGCGCUGAAAUUAAGGAGGGUUUGUUAAAAUACGCCCUGGAUAACUUGUUACGUUUUUGAGAUUUUAUCAGUCUGUCGGGAAAAUAAUGUGGCUUCGUCGCGCCUUGGAAUCACCCAUCAUCGCCUUGCGGCUUUUUUUUUGGAGGCUUUGACUGCGAAGAGGCGCGAAAUUUCGCCGCGAAAAAUCCACGCUAUUUUCCCGACAGACUGAUAGUGACCUACUAUUAGUAUCUUUCCACAAAGGUACUACAUAUAAUACGCUUGCAAUACGAUGUAAUUUCCAGAUCAACGGACCCUCCUGCUCCCACAAAACCUGGAUUUUCCGGACCUACAAGCAAACCAAAGAUGGGAAAUGGGUCCCGGCCGAGACACACACCGCCAAAUUGGACGGGAAUGGAAGAGCUUUGAUCGCCGUAAACGAUGCUUACAUUCCCGUUAUAAGUGAUCGAAUCGGAGUCACUUGUUCUGAAGCCGUGAUCUGCGCAAGGGGAUAA